ACGCCUCCGCAGGCCCCGCUCCCGGUCACCCCGCGCCCGCCCCCCGCCCCCGCCCCCGCACCUCGGACCGCCGGCCCCGCGGGGCACCAUGCCCAGCAAGACCAAGUACAACCGGGUGGACGACGGGCACGACCUGCGGAUCCCGCUGCACAACGACGACGCCUUCCAGCACGGCAUCUGCUUCGAGGCCAAGUACGUGGGGAGCCUGGACGUGCCAAGACCCAACAGCCGUGUGGAGAUCGUGGCAGCCAUGCGCAGGAUCCGGUAUGAGUUCAAAGCCAAGAACAUCAAGAAGAAGAAAGUGAGUCUCAUGGUGUCUGUGGAUGGGGUGAAGGUGGUCCUUAAGAAGAAGAAGAAGAAGAAGGAGUGGACAUGGGAUGAGAGCAAAAUGCUAGUGAUGCAAGACCCCAUCUACAGGAUCUUCUACGUGUCUCAUGACUCCCAGGACCUGAAGAUCUUCAGCUACAUCGCCCGGGAUGGCGCCUGUAAUACAUUCCGCUGCAACGUCUUCAAGUCCCGGAAGAAGAGCCAGGCCAUGCGUAUUGUCCGCACAGUGGGACAAGCCUUUGAGGUCUGCCAUAAGCUGAGCCUUCAGCAUACUCAGCAGAGUGCCGACGGCCAGGAGGAUGGAAAUAGUGAGGCUCCCAGCAGCAGCUCUGGGGAUGCAGGCCGCCAGCUCACUGGGGCUGAGCGGACAUGUCCGGCCACAGCGGAGGAGACUGACAUUGAUGCCGUGGACACUCCCGGGCCUGGUAGGGACAUGCUGGGCUUCAGCCGGGGUGUCACCGACCUGGAUGCUGUGACCGCUGAGAACUCCACCACUUCUGACACCAAGGAGUCCCCUGAAGAGCCUGAGCUGACUGCAGCAGCUGCCCCAUCGCCAGCAGGAGGCCCGGAGACCCCUCUGUCCACCCACCACCAAACACAGCUUCUCCAGCAGCUCCUGCGGCAGCAGCAGACACAAACACAUGUGGCGGUAGCCCAGGUGCACCUGCUGAAGGACCAGCUGGCCGCUGAGGCAGCAGCGCGGCUGGAGGCUCAGGCCCGAGUGCACCAGCUGCUCCUGCAGAACAAGGACCUUCUGCAGCACAUCUCAGUGCUGGUGCGGCAGGUGCAGGAGUUGGAGCUGAAGGCGGCUGGCAGGAGCGCUGGGGGCUCCCAGGACAGUCUCCUGGAGAUCACCUUUCGGUCGGGCGGCCUCCCUGUCAUCUGUGACCCCAGCACCCCCAAGCCGGAGCAGCUGGUAUUGCCCCCGCCAGGCACUGGCCUGGACCCACCACCGCCAGUCAGCCCAUUAGGUAGGCGCGAGCGCUGGGUGCGGCUCGAGUGUUUCCGCUUUCCUGUGGCCCGGGACUCCCCUGGCGACUGCCAGCAUCCCCUCCCAGGUGGCCUGGAGCUCUUCAAGUUCCGAGAGUCAGGCAUUGCCUCUGAGUGCGAGGACGAGUCCAUCACGGAGAGUGAGGAGGAGGAGGAGGAGGACCGCGGUGCCUGGUCCCCAGAGCGGCUGCCUCGCCUACUGCAUGUGCUACCCCGGCAGGAGCUGGGUGACGGGCUGGAUGACGAGGUGGCUGUGUAGACAGUGAUAGGGCCAGGCAACAGCCUGGACCAGGAGCUGGCCGUGUAGACGGUGAUGGGGCCAUGUAGACUGCCUGGACCCGGAGCAAUUGUGUAGAUGCUGAUGGGGCCAGGCGAUGGCCUUUAGACCAUAAGCUCACUGUGGACAGUGGUGGAACCGGCCGAUUGCCUGGACCAUGAGCUGGCUGUGUAGAUGGUGAUGGGGCUGGGUGACAUCCUGGACCAUGAGCUGGCUGUCUAGAUGCUGGCAGGGCUGGGUGGACUCUCCCUUUGGGCAGUGCAGUAAGGGUAUGGAGGGCCCUUCUGGCAGAGUCAGCUUUGAGGGGAUGGUUCCUGCAGGGCCCUGGACUGAC